AUGCCGGGCGCCCUUGGCCAGGCUCUUGUCAACUUCACCACAAGCGGCACAUUCCCGGAAGAAGAUGCGUCGGCUCUUAAGUUAAGCUCUGAGGCGCUCCCCCAGGCCAUCGAGGCGCUCUCACAGGCCAAAUCCACCCUCGAGGCCGAAAUACACACCAUCAAUGAACAGACCGAACUAGACGUCGCGACCUGGAAAGCGAACGCUGCCUCCCUCCAGUCCGACAUUCUCCGAUCACGCCAGACCGCGAACGACAUCCUACGACAGGCUUCCGAACCCGCCGUCUCCGGGGAGGCAACACUCGAGGCGGAGGAGAAGGUCGCAUUCCUACAGGCCGAGCUUGCCUACAACACGCGCGUACGCCAGGCCCUCGCCUCCAUCAAGAACGUCAGCGGGCUGCUUGACCAGGCGGGGCAGGCAUGUGGCGAGCGGCGCAUAUUGGAUGCGCUGGGCCUCCUCGAGACGGCAUGGGAGGCUCUUGAUACACUGCCCGUCGGAAAGGGUGUGCGCGUUGUGCGGCUGUUGGACCUGAGGGCCCUGGAGCUGAAGAACACCGUGCACGAGGUCUUCGAGCAUGUCUGGCAGGGUCUGGUGCACGUCGAUAUGGAGAGGAGGACCGUCUCGGUCCGAGAGACGAUGGAGGGCGAGGCAAUGAACCUCUCCAAUGCUGCUACCGGGCUCAAGGCAUACAAGGAGGUCGAUCAGCGCAUGGCGCAGCUGUGGCAUGAGAUUGACCAGGCCAUCGUGGCGCCUCGCAUGGAUGUCAGCAGCGAGGCCUUGCCAGCCGUUGUCAUCGACGGUGAUGCACUGCGAACAGAGGGCCCAGCAGACCGGUCGAUAGACGCCCUCUUCGCCGACAUGGAUACGGUGCUCUCUUAUUUUUCGCAGCGGCUCCCGACAGACCUGAUCGACUCUCUGUCCACUUUGAUGAUGCCGGACAUCGCAAGCCGGAUCAUAUCUCUCUGGCUGGACCCGGCUGUCCCUGCAUCGCUGAAGGAGAUGGACUAUUUUGAGAGCAUUAUGGCGGUUGCGAAGCGUUUCUGUAUGAGACUCACAGAGUUGCGGCUGUCUGGCUUCAAUGAACUACAGGAAUGGGUCGACGAUGCGCCCAAAGUCUGGCUCGCAAAGUGUAGAGAAACUGCAUUAGACACGGUACGAAACCGGCUGUCUGGCGGGCUCGGAUCUUCCAAGAAAGUGGAGAGGGUUGAGAAACAGAUGGUCUCGCGCGCUGAGGGUCAGGAGCUUGCAGCCGCACCGGCCACUGCCGCUGCCGCCGCUGCCGAAGACGAUGACUGGGGGGCAUGGGACGAUGAAGGCGAUCAGCAAGAUGCGGCUCCUCAGGAGACCAAGGAAGAGGCCCCAAAAUCGGCAGAGGGCGAGGACGAGGACGGGGCAGAUGCAUGGGGAGCCUGGGGCGACGAGGGUGAGUCGCAGGAGACGGCAGAACCAGAAACCCCAGCAUUAAAACAGGGAGAAGGCAAUGGCGGCAACGACGACGACGAUGAGGGCGGUGCGGCAUGGGGGUGGGGGGAUGACGAUACCCAGGCAGAGCCCCAGAGCGCGCCUGUGGCCAGACAACCAGCCUCAGCGACCACGCCAGCCGAGCGACAAAGGGAAAUGACCCUCAAAGAGACAUACAACAUCUCUUCAAUGCCGGAACCUGUUCUACAGCUUAUAUUUGCCAUUCUGGAGGAUGGCGCAAUCUUGACGCAAACAGAACAUCAGGGCAGUCCUGUGGCCAAAGCUGCCGCUGGCCUGUUCGCCCUGCCCACCCUGGCACUGGCCAUGUUCCGAGCCGUUGGCCCCUAUUACUAUGCGCUUGAUAUAGGAGGCAACAUGUUUUUAUACAACGACACAACUUAUCUAGCAGAGAAGCUCAGCGAGUUCGCAGCAUCAUGGAAGGCACGUGAAGACCUGAGCACACAAGCACAGAGAUCACUGCGUCUCGACAACGACAUCAAGAUGCUCCAAAGCUUUGCCGCCCGUGCGUAUAGCAACGAGAUGAACAUACAAAAAACCGUCCUCCGGGAUCUGCUAGGAGGUGAACAAAGCCUUCUCAUGCAGGAUGAUACUGAUAGCUGUGUCGACGCCGCCACCACGCGCGUACGGUCUCUCGCACUCACCUGGGAGACCAUCCUGGCGAGGUCGGCCUGGUAUCAAGCCGUCGGCUCGCUGGUAGACGCUCUCUCGCUCAAGAUCAUCUCGGACGUCAUGGAGGCGCCGUCCAUCGGCCAGGAGGACGCCUACAAUAUCGCCAAGCUGAUCGCGAGUGUGACCGAGCUGGACGACCUGUUCGUGCCGGGCCGCCGCAAGGCAGGGGGAGAAGAAGAGCAGCACGCGGCGCCCCAGACGAUGCAGUACGCGCCAUCAUGGAUGCGGCUCAAGUACCUUAGCGAGGUGCUGCAGUCCAACCUGCGGGAUGUGCGGUUCCUGUGGAUGGACAGCGAGCUGAGCCUGUUCUUCACCGUAGACGAGGUGGUGGACCUGAUCAAUCUGAGUUUUGAGGAUAACGCGAGGACGAGGGAGGUUCUCAAGGAAAUCACGGGGCAUCCGCAUCCGCGGCAGGAGGAGCACGAGGGAUGGUAG